CACAGCACGAAUGACCGGGUUUUCCCGUUUUCUUUACCGGAAAAGAGCUCUCCCUAAUCGCCGGGGCCAAUUGUCUUUUUAUCUUGACGAUAGCAUCAUACUUUUUGCAGAAGAAGACCUGAUCUUAUUCAUUCUUUACAUUAGGGUCAUUCAGUAGUGGUCUUUUACUUCUCUACCCUAAGUGUUACUUACCUUCAGUCAAUUGAGAGAGUUAGAAAAAACAUUUCGCCAUAAUGUUUAACUUCGCACGCAGCCGUGCUGCGGCUUCUGCUCUGCGAUCCUCCAAGGUCGCAUUCUCUCCUGCCACUAGAUUCCCCGGCAUCGCUCAACAACAGCGAAGAAAUCUGAGCAUUCACGAAUAUCUCUCAGCCGAUCUUUUGCGACAGUAUGGAAUUGAUUGCCCCAAGGGCUUCAACGCGAAAUCUGCCGCCGAGGCUGAAAAAAUCGCAAAGGACAUUGGUGGUGAGGAUAUGGUUAUCAAGGCCCAGGUGCUGGCUGGUGGACGAGGAAAGGGUACUUUCGACAAUGGCCUGAAGGGAGGUGUACGAGUUAUCUACUCGCCCACUGAGGCCAAGAUGUUCGCCGAACAGAUGAUCGGCCACAAGCUCAUUACCAAGCAGACUGGUGCGGCCGGCCGCCUCUGCAACUCUGUCUACAUCUGCGAGCGCAAGUUCGCCCGUCGCGAAUUUUACCUAGCCAUCUUGAUGGACCGAGGUUCUCAAGGCCCGGUAAUCGUAUCUUCUUCCCAAGGUGGUAUGGAUAUUGAGACCGUCGCCAAGGAGAACCCUGAGGCUAUCAACACUGCUUACAUUGACAUCAAGACUGGCGUGACCGACCAGAUUGCCCGAGAUAUCGCGACCAAGCUUGGAUUUAGCGAGCAGUGCGUCGAAGAAGCCAAGGACACUAUUCAGAAGCUCUACAAGAUCUUCCGAGAGAAGGAUGCCACCCAGAUCGAGAUCAACCCUCUAUCCGAGACUUCAGACCACAAGGUUAUGUGCAUGGAUGCCAAAUUCGGGUUCGAUGACAACGCUGACUACAGACAAAAAGAGGUCUUCUCGUGGCGCGAUACCACCCAAGAAGAUGCCGAGGAAGUCCGCGCUGCCCAGUCUGGCCUCAACUUCAUCAAGCUCGAUGGUGACAUCGGCUGCCUCGUCAACGGUGCCGGUCUCGCCAUGGCUACCAUGGACAUCAUCAAGCUGAAUGGCGGCCAACCUGCUAACUUCCUUGACGUCGGCGGUGGUGCUACCCCUGCUGCCAUCAAGGAGGCUUUCGAGCUCAUCACCAGCGACCCCAAGGUCACAGCUAUCUUUGUCAACAUCUUCGGCGGUAUCGUACGCUGCGAUGCCAUCGCUCACGGCCUCAUCAACACUGCCAAGACUCUGAACCUCAAGGUCCCCAUCAUUGCCCGUCUGCAAGGAACGAACAUGGAGCAAGCUCACCAACUCAUCAACGACUCGGGAAUGAAGAUCUUCUCCAUCGAUGACCUCCAAAGUGCUGCGGAGAAGUCUGUACAGCUCUCCAAGGUUGUAAAAAUGGCUCGGGACAUUGACGUGGGCGUCGAAUUCAGUUUGGGUAUCUAAGGACGAUAUGUAUAGACACUGGACUGAUAGAUUGUACUAACUUUCCCAGGGUGAAGUCCCCGGACUAUGUGAUUACGGGAGAGGUGUUGCAAAUUAGAGCUAGGGCGGGUUUGUCACUAUUGCAUGCAUCUGAUGUUUUCCCUAUGCGCUCUUGAUUUUUAAUGGAAUUGCAUUUCCGAUUUUAUACUUGAGAUUCUCGUUGAACUUGUGUGACGUUCC